GGAUUUCUCCUCGGGUUCAAGGCAAAAUUCUGAGAUGUCGGCCUUGUCCCAAGUCGAAGAAUCUGAACAAGUCAUUGUGGCAAACGCAUUUAGAGCCCAGGUGUCCCCGCAGAAUGAUACGACGGGUCAAGAGACACGUCGGUUGUCCGAAUCGCACUUAGGCAGCACCGAAACUAUAGAAAAUGACACAAACAGAAAUAUGGUAUCUACUUUUCGAGAUCGUCUUCUUUCACGCAACUACUUUUUAAUUCGUUGGGACAGAGACCUGGAACAAGUUGUCGCGGGACUCACUCAUACAGCUCUUAAUGACGUAUAUGUUGCCAUCAGCCAACUGUGGCCCGCACUUUCAAAGUCUGACAUUGACCAUGCAUAUUCGAUGUUAGUUUCUAUGCAAAAUCAAGACCCUUCGAUGGCCUCGAGAUCAUUUGGGUAUCUUCUUGAGAAUCGACUCACCCGGCUUCUGCAACACCUUGGCUGCGACUUAUAUCGGGUUUGCAGUGUUUGCGAAGAUCUGAUGUCAAUAUAUAACAAAAGAAUGUCUAAAAUUGCGGAUCGCUUUGAGCUCCAUGCUCUAGUGAGCCGCAUCUGCUCUGCCGGAAAGAAAGUAGUAUUUAUGUCCAGGGGUGGAGGCAGGAACAGUAAUAGGAUUCACAAAAGCUAUUUUUAUUGCCCGGUGGAAACAAAGGAACAGAAUCAAGUCUAUGCUCCUCUAAAAAUUCCGAUUUAUAUACAUAACAUCUCACAAUCUUUUGGUGUGGCAAAUCACGGGGAACGUUUGGAAAUUGUAGGACACGCUUCCAACGAUCCAGACGAUCAACUAUUGCAAGUGGUGAUGGAAGACUUGUCGUGCAAGGCAAAUGACAUGGUUUUUAUGAGAUACAAUGCAUAUCAAAAUGCAAAUACGACCAUGGACGGUAUCUUGGUGGUGGAUAUCAACACAGGGGUGGCGAUAUUUCCAACGUUAUAUUCCGCAGAUGGAACAAGGUACACAGUCAAUUCACACACGAACCUGACACAUAUUUUGGCAGGCGAGUUUGUAGAAGAUGCUUCUUAGAGAAGUCAUCGAGAAAGACAAUCGUACGUCAGUGUCGUUGGCUUUGAAUCUGGAGUGUGGUAGUAUAGUCUCAAGGUUGGUAGAUUCAUAGAAAUACCUGGAGUCAAUCGUUAAAUGAAUCUCUCGCUGAUUUAUGUCAAGUACCGAAAUGGAGGUGGAUUCUCCAUCAGUGUGUAUGUGAUGUGAUUGCCAUGAAGUGCCAUAAACACCCGGCAGAUAUAAUUUUCAAAGCACA